GUGAUUUGGGUCAAAGGAAGAGAAAUUUGAUCAAAGGAGGAACUUUGCCCAAGUUUUAUCUAUUGUGCUCAGCAGGGCCAGAAAAAUGGGAGACAACUGGACAACAAUAGAAUCGGACCCAGGCGUCUUCACGGAGCUGAUGACGGAGAUGGGCGUGCAAGGGGUACAGAUGGAGGAGCUUUAUGCUUUGGACAGCGAGUCCCUGCACGCAAUCAGUCCUGUGUAUGGGCUCAUCUUCCUCUUCAAGUGGCGGAGCGAGCAGGACAAUAGACCAGCGGUGAGCGAGGCAGACUACCUGGGCAAGGUGUUCUUUGCAAAGCAGGUGAUCACCAACGCGUGUGCUACGCAAGCAAUACUGUCGGUGCUCCUCAACAGGCCCGACAUACAAUUGGGCGCUGAGCUCACCAAUCUGAAGGAUUUUACUGCGGACUUUCCUCCAGAAUACAAAGGCCUGGCAAUCAGCAAUAGCGAGAGCAUUCGGCGAGCGCACAACAGCUUCUCGCCGCCGCAGCCGAUCGUGCCGGAGGAGAGCCGACUGGCCGACAAGGAUGACGAGGUGUACCACUUCAUCUCCUAUGUCCCAGUAGACGGCGCCCUCUAUGAGCUGGAUGGCCUCAAGCCUGGGCCCAUCCGCCUCUGUGAAGCCACCGAGGACAACUGGUUGGAGAAGGUGGGGCCAUUCAUUCAGAGCAGGAUCGAGCGGUACGCGCAGAGCGAGAUCCGCUUCAACCUCAUGGCAGUGAUCCGCAACCGCUCGGAUGUCAUUGCAGAGGAGCUGGCCUCUCUGGAGGAUCGCAGAGCGGCCCUUCUCUCCACAUCCGAAGAGGGAGACCAGAUGCAGGUUGACGGCAAAGGGAGCGAGACACCGCAGGAUCUAGCCUCGAUAGAGAAUGAGAUAGUCAGGGUGCAAGAGGGCCUGCAUCAGGAGGCUGCAAAGAAGAAGCGGUGGCAUGAUGAGAACGUCAGAAGGAAGACAAAUUAUGUGCCGUUCAUUUUCCAUUUUCUCAAACUGCUUGCGGAGAAGGGUCAGCUGAAGCCCAUCAUAGAGAGGGCCAAGACAAUGCCAGCAAAGGAGCGCCAAUGAGGAAACCAUCUGUGCAGUUGAGAUUGUGCAAGGAGGCAGAGCGCAUGCCUGGUUCCUCCUAACCUUGGACUCAAGAGAAUGAGACAAGUAAAGACAUUUUUAAAUGCAAUAUUGAAAAGAAUGCUUGCUGUGU